AUGAAAAGACUGGGUUUCUGGUUGGUUGCCUUCAUAUUGCUCUCAGCUGUGCAAGGUGAGGAAGAGGAGAUGCCGGAGGAGAUGCCGGAGCAGCUAAUGGACGCGGAGGAGUACGAAGAGGAGGACUUUUUGGAGUGCUUCCGAUGUGACCUGGGAUUUUGGGACGCAUGUUACACCACCACAACUAACUGCAGCCACACUGAGCGCUGCUACACAGGCCGUGGGAAGGCAGCGGAUGUCCUGGAUGUGAAGACUUUGGGUUGUGCAAAAGCAGAAGAGUGCGCGACUGAGACAAGUGUCGAGCUGUUCAACAACAAAACCGUCUUCACGAUGACCAAACACUGCUGCGACACGCCUUUCUGCAACUCCGCCUACUCGCCACUACCCCCGCUCCUGCUCAGUGUGGCUGCGCUGGUGCUGCCUGCCUCUGUAACACUGCACUGGAUGUAG